CAGGCACUUUCUCUUUACCUUUUAAAGGAAGAUGGCGAUACAGGGAGCUUGGAUUUAUUCUUCUGCAGUAUUCCUGACUACAAUAUGUUCCAUAUUCGCUGAUCAGAAUGUGGACCACAUGGCAGAGGUCUUUUUCAUGCAUGUAUUAGAGAGGAACUACUUUCAAGAAAGGUUUCACUCCUCUCAAGAAGCACGUGGUAUAGUAACCAGUACCCCCAUCACUUUCAGCACCAACUUACAUGACCACCCUGAUCGUCCUCGCUGGCUUCGUUUUAUUCAACGCACCGCAUACCAUGAUGGAAUUCUUUAUGGAACACCAACUAAGAGAGAUGUUGGACAGAAAAUAAUUGAAGUUACUGCUGUUAAUAGGAAGACAUUUGAGACAACAAGGCAAGACAUUGUCAUUAAUGUUGAAGAACCAAUAGGCUUGACAUUGCCCUACCAUGUUGAGUUCUAUGUGAAAAACAGAAAUGUGGAUGAAGUAUUGCCCUUGGAAAUGCAACAGUAUUUCCAGGACAGAGUGUCAACCAUUUGGGGUUCAAAUCAUUUGACCAUGAUCAACAUCACCUCGGCACUGGACAGAGGAGGUCGCGUUCCACUGCCUCUCCCAGGAAGGAAAGAGGGUGUGUAUAUAAAAGUUGGUUCCAAUAUUCCCUUCCCUUCUUGCCUGGAGGAAGAAGUACUUCAUGGCGAGCAGUGCAAUGAACAAGAUGAACAAGUGGGACCCAUCAACUGUGAAGACGCAUUUAGUCCUCAGUUUAUUAUUGAUUGGUGCAAUAUUUUAUUGAUUGAUAAAUCCAAACCAGAUUUACCUGAAGCUGAUGUGGUUCCUGGGGAUGGUAUCCUUACUGAUAGUGGAGAAUACAGUCCACCUUCAGAUUUCCUCGAAACCAGGGACUACUAUUUGGACUAUGUGGUCACAAUUACAGUUCCUUUAGUAAUUGCAGUGAUUCUGUGUCUCAUCCUUGCUUACAUAAUGUGUUGCCAGCGAGAGGGAGUGGGAAAACGAGAUGCAAAGACUUCGGAUAUUCAACUUGUCCAUCACCAUUCAAUUCAAGAUAAUACCAGUGAACUCAGGAAUCUGGCUAAGAGCAGGGCUGGCUUGCGGCCUCUGUCCACUCUCCCCAUGUUUAAUGCAAGGACUGGAGAAAGGGCACCUCCUCGACUCCCUUUUAAUUCUGAUACAUCCAGAGUUCCUCUUAUUUUGGACCAACAGGAACCACAUAGUGAUCCUUCUCCCAGAACCCAGCCAAAGACUCAACAGCAAAAGGAUGUUGGUAAAUAAAGUCUUAAACCAAGAUUUCUGACUGGAUGCUAAUUACGCCUAGACAAAAUAUGAUAUUUUCCAUAUUUUGAAAACACAUGUAAACUAUGCCUUAUGUUACUGCUUUUUAACAAUGCAUCUUAUAAUUAUUAUUAACAUGUACAUAUUUAAUUCUAAGCAACUUAGACUGAUAAACAAAGAAGUACAAUUAUGCUUUUCAUCUAAUGAAUGCGUUGCAAAAUGACCACCAAGCUGCAAAAGGCUUUCAUUGGUACAUUAUCAUAUACAUAGAAAGUGAUAUCAUUUAAUUUUAAGUGCAAUGUGAGAAGCAUUUUAUAAUUUUACAUGCUUUAUAACUGAAAUGAGGAAUUAUUAGUGCAGCAGUUUUUCACCAAAAUAAACUGAACAAAGAUUAAGUGGUUUAUGAAAUUCAUCUGAAUUUCAAAAUGGAAUAGAUGUUUUAUCUUUUCUCAAGUUAUUCUGUGGCAUGUAAUUAUUAUAGCUAUAUAUUAAUCUCUUGAAUUUUGUUCAGACUUUUUAAGAAACUCAAGAACUCAGCUUGUGUUAAUGAUGUUAGAGAAUGAGCACUGUGAUGGCGUAAGCAUUUUUCUUCACAUUACUGAAAAGUAAAAUAUGUUACAAAAUGCAUUAGUAUUUCAUAUCAAAGCAGCAUUUUUUGGCAUUUCUACUAGAGUAGAUUAAAUUUACUUAGACUUUCUAUAAAUGUAUGUGUAUCAUGAGAUCUAUGAUUCACAAAUACAAAAUAGUUUUAUAUGAAUUUCAAUUCAUGUGAAAAAAUCCUUGUUCCAUGAUAAGUCAUUUCAGUAUAAGAAUGGCAUGUCUUCACUUUGUUGAACAGAGCAAAGUCAACUGGAAAAGAAUAGUUCUUAAAAAUAUACAUUUAUGGGUUAUUUCACACUUACCUUCAUUACCUUAAGGUGUUAACUGUUUCUACACUUUUUAAAAACAGAAAGACAAUAGAUGAUGAAUGUGAUGGCUGGCUCCAACUCUUUGGCAUUGUUUUUUUAAUAGUAGGUGUGGAAGAUUAACAAUUAAUCUGAAUUUAUAUGUUUCAAGUUCAAGUUAUCGUUUAUUGUCAUUCAACCGUUCACAUGUAAACAGCUAAACAAAACAAUGUUCCUUAGGGACCAAGAUGCAAAAACACAUACUAUAUAUAUAUAUAUAUAUAUAUAUACAAGUACGUAUAUCACAUAGAGCGCAUAAAAUAAUAUUAACAGAUUUUUAAAAAGUAUUCUGUAGAUGUACAAGUUGACGUAAGUGAAUAUACUACAUAUAGUUAAAUAUACAACAGUAUAAUGUUACUGGUGCUGUCAUAACUCAUGAGUACUGGGCUAUUCCAGUUCUACAGUUAGAACCCUGAGGUACCAGCAGUAAUUUAUACUACUCAUGAAGAUGAGAUGAGCAUUUGUUCAAAUACAGCAGGUGCAGUAGUGGAAACAGAUACAACAGAAAUAUUUUUAUCCUGGAUGCCAUCUAUAUUCAUAUAAAACUAAUUAACCUCAUUGUAGUUCUCAUCUUUUGCUUUGGUCUUCAGAUUCUGCAAGAAGCCCUAAAUCUUUAUAAUUGGAGUCAAAAAUUUGGCAAUGUACAGAAAACCAGCAGUCUUUCAAUUACUGCGGGCUUCUGACAUUGAAUGCUAUUGUUGUGGCACAUGCUGUUCUUAUAUCAGGUGAAUAUAUUGACUUUGAAUUACAAGGUAACAUCAGCUCACUGGGAUAAGGCUCUGGAGUAGCAGAUUUUGUACAAUGCGUUACAGAAAUCAUUGAAAGAAAACAUCUUUCUUGGCAUACUGUAUUUAGAGCAAGAACAUGGCACAUUCUAUUUCUUUAAUAAAUCUAUGAUAUCCAUUGAAUAGGCACUGGUUUUCUUCUUUCAUUUCCGGAAUUUCCGAGAUAUCACUCAGUGCUACUAUAGAUGUUAUUUUAAGAAUAGAAACUGUAUGAGCUCCAAAGCCAUAUUCUACCAGUGUAUAAGAAAACAGGUUCCAAUUGUUUUCAGAAUGUUUGUCCUUUUUUUGUCACAUUCUGUGUCUGAUGAAAAUGGAAUUCUACAAUGUGCAAUGGUUAUGGAUUCUUAAGAAUGUAAUAUGA